UCCAUAUAAACACUGUUCUGUAAUGUUGUGUUGUAGAUGUUCUGUGAGGCCAAGAGGACGUCCCCCAGUAUCCUUUAUAUCCCUCACAUCCAGCGGUGGUGGGACACGGUGGGGUCUGCUCUCAGAGCUACCUUCCUCAGCUUGUUACAGGACAUCCCCUCAUUCUCACCCAUCCUGCUGCUGGCCACCUGUAAUGUCCCCCACAGCAGCCUCUUCCCUGAGGUCCAGGACCUGUUCUGUGCUGAGUAUGGAGAGGUGCUCCAGGUUCAGGUCCCAACCCCACAAGAGAGAAGGAACUUCUUUGACGAUCUCAUCCUAAACCAGGCUGCCAAAGCUCCUGCAUCCAAGAAGAAAGCAGUGCUUGCAGCCCUGGAGGUGCUCCCCGUGGCUCCCCCUCUUCCCCCGAGAAUGCUGACGGAGAAGGAGCAGCAGCGAUUGGAGGAGCAGGAGGAAGACACUCUCAGGGAGCUCCGCCUCUUCCUGCGUGAUGUCACCAACCGCCUCUCUCAGGACAAACGCUUCAAGGCCUUCACCAAGCCCGUCGACCUGGAGGAAGUACCUGACUAUGCUACAGUUAUAGAGCAGCCCAUGGACCUGUCCACUGUCCUCUCCAACAUCGACACUCACAAGUACGUGACCGUGAAGGAGUUUGUACACGACGUGGAUCUCAUCUGGAAGAACUGUCUGGAAUACAACCCUGACAAAGAUCCUUCAGAUCGUCAGAUCCGCCACAGAGCCUGUGCUCUGAAGGACACUGUUCAGGCCAUCGUCAAAGACGAACUGGAUGAAGACUUUGAGAAGAUCUGCGAGGAUAUCAAGGAGUCCCGUAGCACAAGAGGUUGCUCCACUUCAAGGUUCGCUCCAUCCUACUAUCACGUUCAUCCCAAGACAAGAGCAGUGGAUGCCAAGAGCACCGAUGCAGCAGGCCCCUCUAAAGAGUCUACCGCUGCUGCUCCCUCAGCUGUGACCACACCACGCCCUUCAGCAGCUCAGAAGAAGAAGCGCAGGAAGAGCCGCUGGUGCAAUGGCAUCAUCAGGAAAAGGUCCUCUCCUCACACUUCUAAAGACCACUCUGCUGUGGUGGAGUCUGGAGAGGAGGAGGAGAGGAGAGGGGCAGAGAGUGAGGAGGAGGAGGGUGGUGAUGCUGCAGAGUCAGGCCUGGAGGAGCUGGAGAUCACCGGGGCUGAGGAGACCCCCAUGGAGCAGGAGGAACCAGCCCAACAGGAGAACCAGGACAGCCAGCCCAUGGAGAAAGACACUAAGGACAGCCGGACCACGGAGGAGGCUAGCCAGGCUACAACGGAGGCUACCCAGCCCAGGGUGGAGGAAGCUGUGGAGGCUAGGGCUGGAGACCAGAGCAGUGAGGGCACCCAGGACCCUGUAGUGGUGGUUGGCCCCCAGGAAAACCACAUCUUACCAGAAGGGGGAGACAAUAGGCAGGCGUCCACUACAGACAAAACUGAGCCUCAGAGAGUGGAAGUGGAGGAAGAGAAUACCACAGAAGUAGGAGUGAGGCGUGCGGCGCGGGGCUUGAAGUACCAGGGGAUGCAGCAGGUGAUGGAUGUUGACCAGGAGAUACUGGACCAGAAGACAAAGCCCCCUGUGGUGGAUCACAACAAACUAAAGGAGCUGCUUCAGAGAGCGGUGUCUAAGACUGAGGGAUAUGAGGUCUAUCAACUGGAGAAGCUAUACGCCUUGUUGUGUCAGAGUAUCUACAGACACCGCAAAGACUACGACAAGACUGCCCUGCUGAAGGAAAUGGAAAAUGAAAUUGAAGAUUUUUCAUAAUGAGUUUUAUACAAUAAAGAUGUAGCUAGUCAUGGAUUGCACGUAGUAUUUCCCCGUUGUCUAAAUGUAUAAAGAACAAGUCUAUAACCAUAUUUUGAUAGGAAAUACACAUUUGUAUAUUUCUAACAACUUGUAUACUCUUUCUUUUAUUUAAUUAAAGUGUUUUUUUUACAA